UUCCCUUUUCCCUGGCAGGCCGAUCGCCCCCGUCAAUAUACCAUUAUAUAGAUUUUCCAAGGGUUUUGAGACAUAGUGAUUCACUCAUCCCGCUAUUUAAAUAUACCCUCUUCCUGUCUAUCCUCUUUCCUUCCUCUCUUCUUCUUUACUACACUCGUUCCAACUUUCGAUUCUCUCGUUUAUACAUAAUACUUUUAUCCUUUCGGAUCCGUAAUCAGUCACCAUGCGUCUCUCUUACGCCGUCUCUCUCUUGCCUCUGGCUGCUUCCGUUGGAGCUCUCCAGGUCACUUCCCCCAAGAAGGGUGAGGAUGUUGACCUCUCCAAAUCCUUCACUGUGAAGUGGGAUGCCGUCGACACCGACCCCUCUUCUUUCGAUCUCUACAUUGUCAACAACGCCGUCUACCCCAGCGUUGAGCAGAAGAUCGCCUCCGACGUUGACUCCUCCAAGGGCUCCUACGAUGUCUCUGGCCUGUCUGACCUGACCAACGGCAAGGGCUACCAGAUCAACUUCCUCUCCAACUCCGCCAAGAACAGCGGUAUUCUCGCUCAGUCCCAGCAGUUCAACGUCGAGGGCUCUUCUGAGUCCACCUCGACCGCCACCGCCAGCGAGUCCAAGACCACCACCUCCGCUACUGGCACUUCCACCGCUACUACUGUUUCCUCCUCCGCCCGUGCCUCUGCUUCGGCCAGCGCGUCCGCCAACAGCACCUCUUCCGGCAGCACCCCCGUCUCUACCGGUGCCGGUGUCUCUCUCGCCGCACCCGUCUCCGCCGCCGCUGGCCUCCUGAUGGGUGUCUUGGCCCUCAACCUGUAAAUUCGGUGAACCAGCCAAGGACCAAAACCGGCCGGAUCACAACGAUGUGACGGAAUGCGAAUGUGGGGGAUAGUAUGGUACAUACGAAUAAUUUCGGAAUGCCAGGGUUACUUCAAUACAUGAUGUAAUGGCCGUUAGGGGAGGCGGUUGAUAGGGAACGGAACUAUAGAAUGUAUAUUUUAUUUCGAUUAAUAGCAUCUUGUCUAUAGAAUGCUGCCUACUGUUUGUCAAUCCUUUAACCAAUAGUGAAAUGCAAGGAUACAUAAAAA